UCAGAAGCAGCAAUACCAAUUGCAAAAGGAAAUCGGGCACGGCGCGAUAGGGAAUUUUUUUGUCUUGUCCUCUUGUUUCUGUGGGGUCAGAGAAGUAGACGGACCGUUCUCUCACACGAUUUCCCACGUGUAUUUUUUUCUUAACUUCAGUCGAGUCGUACUUGGUUGGGAGGUGUCACAUUUACGUAGAUUUUAAAAAUAUAAGUGCAAUGCCUAAAAAACGUAAAUCGGAGCAAUCUGAAGUUUUGGAAAGCAAAAAACUGAAAAUCGUGGACACCGAGUUCAAUGGAACUCAUUUUAAAGCAAUGCUAAAAGAGGAUGGGCAAGCAGUUAAAGGAUUGGAGACAUUUAUUUCAAUUGUUCAGAAGUUGCCAUCACCUGAAAUUUAUGAUGUUGUUGAAGGUUAUAUAAAAAUAUCCAUGGAGUGUUCAGAGAUCUUCCGUUUAAUGGAAGGAAAGCAAAAUGAGGAAAGUGAG